UCACGGUGACGUCACCCCCAACAAGGGCUGCCUGCCGACGUGGCGGAGACGAGGGAGGGGAGGAAGGAGAGUGGACCAGCCGGCUGACAGCGCGACGGAAGCACAAUGUCACAGGGAGGGGUGGGUGGCAGCAAGGCUGCUGAACUUGGACAGCCUCUCCUGGAUCCUCACACGGACGCCGCGUCCUGUCCGAAAGCCGCCGACUCGCCGGAAGAGUCUUCGGGACGGCCGACGGAGGCUCCGGGACACACAGAGAGUGAGAGGCCAGACCGCCAGGCCAGUGCGGGAGGCGCUGGGAGGGAGGGGCCAAGCGGUGGCGUUGCCGAGCCCCCAGUGGAGGAGGGAGUGCAGACCUCAGAGUGCGCUGCCGGAGACGGUGUCCCGAGCUCAGCUCUGAUGGGGGAGGAAGGAGAUGGCGGCCAGCCCUCAGAGUGUCACGAGUCAGUGAGUCUGGAGCCGGACACGGCCGGAGACCACGCGGGACCUGAGGGGGACAGUGAGCAGGAGUCCUCCUCCCCCGGGACGGCCAAGAGUUGGGGCGGCUGGGGAUCGUGGGGGAAGUCUCUCUUGACCAGCGCCACCUCUACCGUGGGCCAAGGACUCAGUGCUGUGAAGGAAAAGGCAGGAGUCACUUUAAGAAUACACAGGACGUCUGGGUCAGAGGAGCCCAAGGAUGCAGGGUCUCCCGUUGAAGAAGCCACAGAGGUUUGCGAAUGGCCGACAGACUCUUCUCCCUCUUCCCUGUCCUCUGGCUCACGUGGGGUUCUGUCGACCAUCACCAAUGCUGUUCAGAACACAGGUAAGUCGGUCAUAACUGGGGGUCUGGAUGCGCUGGAAUUUAUUGGUAGGAAGACAAUGAAUGUCCUUGCAGAGAGUGACCCUGGCUUUAAGAAGACCAAAAUAUUAAUGCAGAGGACUGUUUCUCUCUCACAGAUGCUGCGGGAAGCUAAAGAGAAAGAGAGGCAGAGGAUGAGCAGCCAACUGGUGACUGAGCCCACAGCUCACUACGGAAUUCUGUUUGACGACUUCCAGGGACUGUCGCAUCUGGAGGCACUGGAGAUCCUCUCCAACGAAAGUGAGGCAAAGGUUCAGGCAAUCUUAAUGUCCUUAGAGGAAGACGAGUUGGACUCUUUAAAGAAGGAUCUGAUUGCUAUUAAGGACAUCUUCUUGGAGAAGGACUUUGAUAACGAAGAGGAAGAAGAAAAGGGUGGCGCAGGAGAAGAGUUUGUCAGUGUUCUCACUGAGCUGCUCUUUGAGUUACAUGUUGCUGCCACUCCUGAUAAACUCAACAAGGCACAAAAAAGAGCUCAUGACUGGAUAAAAGAAGUAGAACCUUCCAAAGACGAACCUUCUGUGACGGAAGAAGAAGAAAGAAAAGAUAUUGGGACUGAAGAACAGGGAGAAGACGACCAUCCGGAGGACAGCAGUGUAAAGUCAGUGGAGGAUAUCUACACGUCUUCAAUUAAGAGCCUGGCAGAGGUAACAGCCCGCAGUAUCGAGCAGCUCCACAAGGUUGCAGAACUGAUUCUCCAUGGACAAGAGGUGGAGAAGUCAGGCAGAGACCAGGCCCACAUCCUGACCAAGCUGACGAGUGCCAUGUGCAGGGAGGUACGCUGUCUGUCUAAGAAGUUCACAGACACGCUGGUGGCCGCAGGGAGCAAGAGGAAGGCUGAAGAGCUGAACCCCAUGGUGAACAGUGUUUUGUUAGAGGGAUCAAACAGCACCACCUACAUUCAAAAUGCGUUUCAGCUGCUUCUUCCAGUGUUGCAGGUCUCCCAUAUACAGAUGACAAAAACCAAGCCAGACACAGACCUCUAGGUUUCCUGGACUUGUGCGAAAAUAUGCCUGUUCCACUACUUUUAACUCAUGGGAGUUAAAACUGAUAUAAAGAUUAAAGCAUCUGAGCUGCUGCUUAGUUUUAAAUAGAAUUAACAUGUAAUUAACUUGUCAUUGUAAACAUGAAAAAGUACUGAAAAAAUACCUGUGUCCUAAAAUACACUAAGGUUUACGGCUUGAAAGUAAUUAAUUUAAGAAUAUUUGGAACACUCUGGCAGUGUGUUGUCAAAGUUGCUGUUUAUUAACACCGUUUAUGAGAAGAUUGAAGACAAGCUGGCAGUUGGUAAAUUAGUGCAUUACUUGUUAAUUGUUCCUAAGCAAUUAAUGAGUUUGAUAAACAGUCUCGUGGAAAGCUUAAAGGGAUGAAAACAAAGCAUGAUCUUGUAGGUUGAAAAAUGUCUUUUCACCUGUGAAGAAUUUUGUCACAUAUUCCAAAAUAGAGAAUCUAUGUGUGUUGUAUAUGGUGAAUACCAAAGAGAGAUCUUACCUGACUGAUACAGGAGUACCUGAGUUGAACAAAGGACAAGGUUGGCACUGUGUGCGUCUGCCAGUUUUGCCACAAAAUUUCAUUCAGUAGUUUUUAAACGGAGACUUUUACACUGUUCUUUAAUCUGUCCAACACUCUUUUCAAGCGGAGUCCAUCUUCACAUCACCCUGUCCAUCAGUCAAAGGCGGCAUCGAUUUUUUUCUAGCUUGUGGGGGUGAACUGUGUUAAUAUACAUAGUUUAUGAAUGUGCUUUUCCAUUGUCCUGGCUGCCUUGCUUUGAGGUGUGUCAAAACCUCGGCAAGCAGGUAGAAGAGGACGAGCUUAGUAUAGAAAGCCAGAGUGGAACCCAGGAAACUCUCAACGUUUAUGUCCGGGUCGUCUUUAACCUGUCUGUCCCAUCCUGUUUUAGGCCAUUAUCCUCCAUCUUCCGGUUCUGCGUUCCUGCCCAUAGUGCAGGUACCCCUGUCACUCCUCUGGCCUCCACCUCGUGUACUGGUUCCAGUCCCUUCUCUUAACUAGCUAGUCCUCCAGUCUAGUGCCAAGCAGCCUCCCAGCCUGUGUUUCUGCAUCAUUUCUGUGCGCUGUAGUCAUUAGGUUAUCUGUGACAGGAGUGAAUGACUGAGUUUGACAUGUUUUACAAUGUAUUAACUAAGGGAAAGUAAUGUAAAGGCUUAUAAUCAUUUUGCUGCCUGUCCUUAAGUGCAGCAGCUAAAUAGUUAAAUGAAAGUUAUGAAGCACUGUAAAAUGCUAAAUUCUACACCACAAGAACUACACGUUAAAAUGUCUGAAGAAGUUUAGAAGUAUUUUGAAUAUUUAGAGAGGAUAUUUAGAAUAGUCAGUUUCACACUUUGCACACUGACAGCUCUGCGUGUGAAGGGGUGCCUCCUGUUCAGACCUGAAUAUAUCUGUAUUUAUAUUUAUUUAUGCCAUGUGUUCACAAUCUCUUUUGCUGAAUUUUAAAAACGAUAUUUCUGAAACCCAUUUGUUGAAUUAUAUCUGCAGCAGCUCCUGGUCUUUAGGAUUUGAACGCAGUUUUCAUGUUCAUAACAAUGAUGGGAUCCUACUGUCGUCUUCACUACAGUGAACUUCACAGUAGCUAAACAAUAUAAAGUAGUGUUUUUGCCUUUGGAAGUGGAGCUAGAUUUCACUUCAAGUGAAUUAUAUAUUGAGAAUUUGUAGAUGAUGAUCUCAAGCUUGCACAGGGAAAAGAAACUGAGUGGUCAGCGUCAAUUUUCUGGUUCAUGACAAUUCAGACAUCUUUAUUGACUUAACCAGGAGGUUACUUAAACUUUUUUUUUUUAUUUCCAUUUCACUCAUGUGAUUAAGUUGUCUUGCUUUGCAGAAUGUGUGGUUGAGCAAGAACAAAAGUCCUAACACUAAAUCUUCCUAAAAGUCUCGUGGAUCCAACAAAUAAAAGUUCAGAACUGUGUCUUUUUUUAAUCAAACAUUCCACUGGGAACAGCCAGUGCUGAGACACUCUUGUGUUUUAUUUUGUACUUAUACCUUCCCGUUUUCAGAAAACUACCAUUAAAACUAAAAUUUGUUAAAUUAAUAUAAUACUUAAGGGUUUAAAAAACAAGUCUGUAACCUAUUCAAAUCCUAAGAAAUAAGGUAAUGCUUUUGUCACUAUGGGGUGUUGCAAUGUACAAAAUAAAUAUUUUCUGUCUUAAAUAAAAUCUACUGCAAGUCUUUUUAUUAAGUAGUUAACAUAUGCUUAAGCUGUUAUUGGUGUAGCAGAGUGAUUCUGCUUUACAAACAUUACACAUUGUGUAUAUAAUACAUUAAUACAGUAUAUGUAAAAGCAUCCAUUGUGUUUCUGAAUGUGGUAAAAAGUUCAGUGCCAGGAAAUGAAAAGAGCAACUGUGGUCAAUGUAUAGUAUGGGAUCAAUUGUCAUGAGUUAAGCUCUUCUUUUAAACCUCUUGAUUGUAUGGUGUAGAAUUCAAAGAUCCAAUUGGACAAGUAUUUUACUAUAUUUGUUUUCAUUCAUGUAUCUAUGCAGUCUUGAGUUUUGCUGUUGUGUGCUUUCUGUAAUCCUUCCACUGUACAGUACAUGGCUCUUCUGAUGUUAGGAUAACCCAGAGUCGAGCACAAAGGCCUGGAAAAUAAAUAACACUUGACAUCUUU